AUGAACCUCCUCAUCGUCCUCACCUCCCAAGCCGAGAUCCCCUCCACCAAAGCCCAAACAGGGUGGUACCUGCCAGAACUAGCUCACCCGUUCUACACCCUCAAGGAUAAAAUCAAGUUAACCAUUUCCUCCCCGCAAGGCGGCCAGGCCCCCCUCGACCCGACCUCAAUCAAGCUCUUCCACGACGACGAAGAAGCACAAGCCUUUCUAAAAGAUCACCAGGAUGUAUGGAUGCGAACUCUUCCUCUUCGCGAGAUAGUAGGGCGGGUUCAUGACUUUGACGCAAUUUUCUACAUAGGUGGACAUGGACCAAUGUUCGACCUCCCCUCCAACAAACACAGUCUCGCUCUCCUCCAAUCCUUCGCUGCAGAGAAGAAACCCAUCGCAGCCGUAUGCCACGGCCCAGCAGCUUUGCUGAACGCAACUGCUCCGUCGGGGAUCCCGCUCCUCUCGGGCGCGGAGGUGACCGGGUUCGCGGACGAAGAGGAGGAAGCGACGGGAAUGGUGGAGGCGAUGCCCUUCUCCCUGCAACAGAGACUCGAGCUCGUUUCGGGCGGCGGGUAUCUUCGAUCCAGCAGGGCGUGGGACGAGAAGGUCGUCGUCUCGUGUGCGGCGGGGACGGGAUCCGUCUUGAUUACGGGACAAAAUCCGCGGAGUGCAAGAGGUGUGGCAUUGGAGAUUCUAAAGGCGUUGAAGGUAGCCUAG